AUGGCUUUCUCAUACUACGAAUACGUACCGUCUAAAGCAGCUGCUGCAACCUCUUGCCUCGUCUUCAUCAUCGUCACUCUCCUCCACUCCUGGCAACUCUUCCGCACGCGGACCUGGUUCUUCAUCCCCUUCGUCAUCGGCGGGUUCUGUACGUGCACAUAUAAUACAUAUUCGUCGGACCUGAAGCCUAACCUCAGCAUCANNGUCGAAGUAAUCGGAUACGCCGCUCGAGCAAAGUCUGCAAGCCAAGACCCGGAUUACACCUUGAUGCCAUAUAUCCUCCAAUCUCUCUUCCUGCUCCUCGCACCCACCCUCUUCGCAGCAAGCAUAUACAUGGAACUCGGCCGCAUCCUCGACCUUACAGAAGGAGAAUCUCGCUCUUUGAUUAAGCGAAAAUUGCUCACCAAGAUCUUCGUCAUGGGAGAUGUGCUUUCAUUCCUCGCACAGAGCGCUGGUGGUGGUAUGCUUGCUCAAGGCAUGUCCUCUGGAAACAAAAUCAUUAUCGGAGGAUUGGUACUUCAACUGCUGUUCUUUGGCUUCUUUAUGGUGUCGGCUGUGGUUUUCCAUCGUCGCAUGUCAAGCAAUCCGACAAUGAAAGUCAAGAGUAUGCCUUUGCCCUGGAAGAAACACCUUCUUGCGUUGUAUGCUGGCAGUAUCAUGAUCUUGGUUCGCUCGCUCUAUCGGUUGAUUGAGUAUGUCCAGGGAGGCAGCAGUGGGUAUAUUGUUGAGCAUGAGUGGACGUUGUAUGUCUUUGAUGCUGUCCUCAUGCUGGGUACAAUGCUGGUCUUCUUUUGGGUCCAUCCGAGCGAAAUCAGAGCGCUUUUGCGUGGUGGGCGUGCACUCCAGGGUUGGGUGCCCUUGAGAGUACUUGCGCCACUACACACCUCGGUGUGA